AUGUUGAGGAGUAAACCAACGCCACACGCUCAAGCGUUUACUAUCAAGGCCGCAAUGAAGAACUCCAUGGUGGCAGGUCCCCCGCCGGCAGGUGCUUUUCAGGAGCGCCCCACCAAACCCACCAUGUUUCGGAAGUUCUAUGAGCGUGGAGAGUUCCCCAUGGCACUGGAGCACGAUACCAAAGGCAACCGCAUCGCUUGGAAGGUGGAAAUCGAGAAGCUGGACUACCACCACUACCUGCCUCUGCUCUUUGACGGUUUAUGUGAGACGGCCCACCCGUACGAGUUCUUUGCUCGUCAGGGCAUCCAUGACUUGCUGGAGCAUGGCGGACCUAAGAUUCAGCCUGUCAUCCCGCAGCUCAUCAUUCCCAUCAAAAAUGCCCUAAACACAAGGAACCGCCAGGUGAUCUGCACUACCCUGAAAGUUCUUCAGCAUCUGGUGAUGUCUGGGGACACGGUGGGAGAAACCCUGGUGCCCUACUACCGACAGAUCCUGCCCAUCCUCAACAUUUUCAAGAACAUGAACAUCAACUCUGGAGACGGCAUCGACUACAGCCAGCAGAAAAGAGAAAACGUUGGUGACCUCAUUCAGGAGACUCUGGAGGUGUUGGAGCGUUACGGUGGAGAAGAUGCCUUCAUCAACAUCAAGUAUAUGGUGCCCACCUAUGAGUCCUGCAUGAUUAAUUGA